AUGUUAAAGAGAAAGAUAGGAAUAAGCAUACUAGAUUGCGACUUCUUGAGACUUGAAGAGGAGCUUCAAGACUUAAAGAGGAAUGGAGUGACCAAUGUUCACUUGGAUGUCAUGGACACGACCUUUGUCAAGAACAUCACGUUCGGGCCAUGUAUAAUCAACAGGAUCCUUGAGCAUGACUUUGUGUUUGAUAUACAUAUGAUGGUGGAGUCGCCUCUGGAUGUUAUUAUGAGGAUAGAUCUGAGGAAAGUGACUCUGGUGACAAUCCAUCAUGAGAUAUCUAACAAAAGAGGAGUUAGGGAAUAUCUAAAGCAAAGAGAUGUGUUGUUUGGGAUUGCCAUCAAUCCUGAGACUCGAGUGGAAGAGGUGGGGAUGGAAGGCAUAGACUUCGUUCUCGUAAUGAGUGUUAGUCCAGGGUUUGGAGGGCAAAGAUUCCAAAGAGAAUGCUUGGCAAAAGUGGAGGAGAUCCAGAGGAGUGGAAAGAUAGUUGGAAUUGAUGGAGGAAUAGGAAUUGAAAAUAUCAAGGAGAUUAGGGGAGUGGAUUAUGCAGUGGUUGGGUCUGGGUAUUUCAGAUCUAAAGAUAGAAAAAGAUUCCUGGAAGAGAUCACAGAGCAGUUUCUGGGAAGCCCUUUCUCGAGGGAUUCUUUUUUGCACUGCCCCUAA